AUGAUGAUGAUAAUGAUGAUGAUUGGACAACCAUUGAUAUGUUGUGGUGCAGUUUGUGGUCUCAUGGAAGAUCGGUGUGUUGUGGUGCAGCGGUGGUGGGAGGUGUGGUGGUUUGGUGUCGAUGCAGGUGCCAGGAGUUGCAGUGUCGAUGACAUGGUUGAGGCUGUGGCGAAAAUGCAAGGUAAGAUAAAACAGCGAGCAUUAGAAUAUAGAUACAGUGGCCUUCUAGAGGAGAGUUCUAGUGUUUGCCUUCUUCUUCUUCUUCUUCUUCUUCCCCUCUGCAAUGCACUGCAUCUACUGUCAGGAUGGGACUGGUGGUGCUUGAGGAAGUACUGA